AUGGCUUUCUUUUUCAAUCGUGGCCGAUCGCGACAACCCGCUGAUAUCGUCCGGUCAACGAAGGAAUUACUACUAAGAAUCCAUGAUUCCCAAAAUGCUCCAAAGGCUGAAGAUGAGCUCGCCAAGCAACUCAGUCAAAUGAAGGUGAUGGUACAGGGGACACAAGAGGUUAACACAUCGCCCGAUCAAGUACAUGCACUCGUGCAAGCAACCCUCCAAGAAGAUUUGCUCUAUGAUCUAUCCCAAAGCAUUCACCUGCUUCCGUUCGAAGCCCGAAAAGACACGCAAACCAUAUUCUCCCAUAUCCUUCGCUUUCGGCCGGUUUCAUAUUCAAAUGAUAAAGAUCCCCCUGUCAUCUCAUGGCUGGUCCAUCACCGACCAGAAGUCAUUGUCGAGCUAUGUCGCGGCUAUAUGCAAAGCCAGAGCGCCAUGCCUUGUGGUGUCAUUCUUCGGGAAGCAUUGAAAUCCGACGUAAUCACCGCGAUUGUCCUCUAUGAUCAGUCCCGCGAAGGAGAAUCGGCCAUCAGAUUACCGGAUGUAAAGCCGAAUCUCCCACAAAGCGGAGAAGGUGUGUUUUGGCAGUUCUUCGAUUGGAUCGAUAAGAGCAACUUCGAAGUGAGCGCAGAUGCAUUCACAACGUUCAGAGAAAUUGUCACUCGCCAUAAGAGCCUUGUGACUUCAUAUUUGGCAACCAACUUCGAUUUAUUCUUUGGGCGAUUUAACAACAUUCUUGUUCACUCAGAUUCAUAUGUGACCAAGCGACAAAGUAUAAAGCUUCUAGGAGAGAUUCUUCUGGACCGUGCGAACUACAAUGUCAUGAUGGCAUACGUGGAGAGUGGGGACAACCUGAAGCUCUGCAUGAAAUUGCUGCGUGACGACCGAAAAAUGGUGCAAUACGAAGGAUUCCAUGUCUUUAAGGUAUUUGUGGCCAACCCGACCAAGUCCGUGCCUGUGCAACGCAUUUUGAUCAACAACCGUGAUCGCCUGUUGAGAUUUUUACCAAAAUUCCUGGAGGAUCGAACCGAUGAUGAUCAAUUCACCGACGAAAAGAGUUUUUUGGUCCGCCAGAUCGAACUGUUACCCAAAGAGCCUGUGGACCGGGCUCGGCCUGCUCGUGACUCGCCAGCUGCUAACACCACAGCAGUUGCCUGA